GUUCUGGUUAUGUACAACAGGCUGGGUGGGAUCGGCAAUGACAUCACUACUGGAGGGAUAUUCCACUGGAAUAUGGGGUGGGAUAGUCAUUCAAUGUUUUGGAAUGUUUUCAACUGUUUGUUUCCCAGUCAUGGUUUCUGUUUUUGUUGGUUUUGUUCGCUUUUGCAUCCCAGUACUCCAUGGUCUUUUAACUCACUUCCAUCCACCAGAAACCCACUUCAGCCUCAACCAACCACCCAGAACCAUCAACAACAACGACCAUCAUCAACAACAAACCAACAAAACACACAACCAACAAACCAACCAACCAACCAACAACCAACCAUGAACCCCAAAGCAAGCUCAACUAACAUCGAACAGCCAUCAAAAACAACACCAACGAACACCGACAAACCAAACAACGACAAGAACCGGUCCAGCGAUCUCAAUCAAACUGCCACCACUAACACCACCAUCACACCCUCUACCUCCCAUGCCAUCCACUCAAACAACCAGUCAGCUGGAAGGCCGCUUGCCUGUGGCCGUCGGCGUCGUCACACUAUCAGCAACAACCACAUCGAGUUCAUGUUCUACCAUUGCUUGAGGGACGACAUUGACGAAGAUGAUGAGGAUGAGCACGACGAGGAUGAUGAGGAAGACUCGGAAUCGAGCUAUCAUCGGAUCUCCCCCAGGCGGCAGGAACAAACCCUGUUCGAUAACCAUCAUUGCGAUGUCAUCGUCCUUAAGACCGAUAACGGAUGGUGCUUUGAUCAGGACAUCUUCUUACCGGCUUGGAGGCGGGAUGCGUAUGAAGCAGCCGGACAGGAGGAUGGAUUCACUGGGCAACAAGAGUUGGUCAAAGUCGAUGAGAUCCGAGUCGACUGAACUGUCCGCUUCGUCAUCAACCCGUCUUCCCCCGCCUCGUCCAACCCCACCAAGAAUGAUAUCCCUAUUUCUCCACUCCCCUCCUCCCCACACACCUCCAUCCCUUCAAAAAAACAAAACAAAAGUCUACUCCUCAAUCGCUUGUCCCUCACCAACGCUGUCCUCCUUGGAUCGCAUCACACUCACCUUCGCCCGUCGCUCCAAGCUCCCUUGGCCUUCUCUUCAAACAUUUUGUUUUCUGCCCUCGUUUCAUUGUUUUAAUGGGGUUUGACAAGUGUACAUGAGUGUAAAACAAACAACCUCCUUUUUCUUUUUCUUCUUCUUCUUCUUUUUUGAACCAACCCUGUUCAUCUCAAUGUUGUCAUUUUUACUUAUCCUUCUUCCUCUUGUUGUCUAAACAAAAUCAAGUAAAUAAAUGAAUAUAAACAUAAAUAAAUAAAUAAAUAAAUAAACAAGUAUAUACAUUGUUACCAAAAAGAAAUAUAACCUCUUCCCCCCACCAACUUGAUGUGAAUUUC